GAAGACGAAACACGUCAUCAGUCCGCGCCGUAUCGGGGAAACGUGGGGAGAAGAGGGGCCAAAGUAAAGUGGAAACGUGUGAAGAGUCCCCACGUGAAUCGGUGUGAACAUGGCGUCGAUUCAAGAGCCAGAGGUGCAGCUUGCGCAGAGAUUAGCGUCCAACGAGAAGCCCAUCCGGACCAAGGCUGUAAAGAAGCUGAGGAAAUACAUACAUGUCAGGUCUCACAUCGCGACAGGUGGAUUCACAGGCGAGGAGCUGCUCAAGCUGUGGAAGGGUCUGUUCUACUGCCUGUGGAUGCAGGACAAGCCACUGCUCCAGGAGGAGCUGUCCAACCAAAUCUCUACCCUGAUCCACAGCUUCCAGGAUAUUGACGGACAACUGUUGUACCUGGAGAGCUUCCUGCAGACCUUCAAGAGGGAGUGGACUGGUAUCGACAGGCUGCGCAUGGACAAGUUCUUCCAGCUGGUUCGCUUCAUGUUCAGACAAACAUUUGAGAUGCUGAAGAGGAAAAACUGGGAGAGCAGUGCGGUUGCCAGGUUUCUGGAGCUGCUGACGGCACACCUCUUGCAGAGCGGCAGCGGGGCUCCCCUCGGGCUGCAGUUCCACACCCUUGACCUUUACAUGACCGAGCUGGCAGCCGUGGGUUCAGCAGAGCUCACUGCUGAUCAGAACUUGAUAUUCAUCGAGCCAUUCUGCAAAACGGCAUCCAAAACCAAGGAUCGGUCUCUUUUCAGUGCCAUCUGCAACAGCAUCCUCAGCACUAUUAUUGACCAGGCCCCCUUUGCCAUUGAAGAUUUGAUGAAGGAGUUGAAAGCAGCUGAGGACUCUGACUCUGACUCGGGACAGGCUUCUGAAGAGGACAACGACGAACUCAAUAAGAUGAUGAGCAAACCGGUCGCCAAGAAAAGGAAUAGGCAACAGAUAAACGGCAAUAUAUCAAAUGAAGAUGAGGGUAAUGAUAGUGAUGAUGCUGAGCUUCAGGUGGAAGAUUCAGACACAGAGGUGUCAUGUGACGAGGAUGUUGAACAGGUCCUACAGUUUAACUAUGCCGCCCUGGCAGACAAGUUGUUUGAGUUUGCCAGUCGGAGCAGCACACCCAGCAGGAACAGACAAAGACUCUACAAGAUCAUCAAAGUACUGCGUGAUCUGAAUGAAGGCAUCUUUCCUCAGGAUGAAUACCCCGAGGAGGUCUCCACAGAUGAAGAUGAUGACAUGUUCGGCAGCAGGAAGAUGAUGAAGAGGGGAGGUGGUCACAUGGAGGAUAACAAUGAGGGAGUGCCAGCAGCCAAGAAAAGUAAAGGGGGUAAAAAGGAGGCCUACACAAAGCAAAGCAAGGAUUCAGCGAAAGAUGACAAUGAACCAGCUGACCUAACUGCAAAUGAAAACAAGAAGAGGAAGAAGAAGAAGAAGAAGAAAAAGAAAGCAGUGCAGGAUGGCGGUGCAGACGGAUCUGAACAGACUGUUGCUCAACCUCAAUGUCCAAUAAAAGAGACCGAGGGAGUGAAAAGGGAUUUGGAAAAGGAAGCACAGACACAAAGCCCCCUCGCAUCGUUAAAAGUGACGGAGGGAAAUACUCCAGAGGUACAGUCAGAAACUCUGCUCCUCUCUGAAGUUAAGAAACGGCCCACAGGAGAAACCAGCCAACCCACUGACUGCACGAGUGACAACAUGCACCAAUCUGUAAAGAUCAGAAAGAGGGAGACUUCUCAGCUUAAAGCUGAGGUGACCGUGGCAGCAGAGGAGCAGCAGGCUGUUGGAACAGAGCCAGCGAUGUCCUCCGAAGCCAAUGCUACGGCCUCGGGUAAGAAGAAAAAAACGAAGGGCCUGAAGGUGAAGUUGCAAACGGAUAAGAUUAAGGCUAAACUGCAGAGCAAUGCAAAAGCAGAAAUCGUUCUAGUUAAAAACACGGCAACGACACCUGAAACUGAUUCUCCAACCCCUGCCAAGCAGAAAAAGAAGGGCCCGGCGGCUGAGAAGAAGCUCAAGGAGGCGAAGGUUGGCCCGACCGCCGUACUUGAGAAGCAAACAAUAGCCCCAUGUGAUAAGAGUAAGAAAAAGAACCUCAAAGCUGAUGUAGGACCAACAGUUGAGGCUCAAUUCGAAGAAGAGCUAAAACACACCAACGCUGAAGUCAGUUCAGUUGAGGAAGAAUCACAAGAUGCCACCACAGCGCCAAUUACAAAGAAGAAAAAGAAAAAAGGCAAGCAGGAGGAUGGAAGCGCUGUAAUCCAAUUGAACAAGAAGAGGAAAAAUAACAAAAAUGAAUGUAAGACUUCAGUGGCAGAUGAAGCGGCGGCUAUGGAAACCCGUCCGACAGUGGAUGCUGGGAAACUGCCGUUUGAGAUCACCGUGACAACACCAGCAAAGAAUAUGAAAAAGAAGUUGGCAGCGGCCCAAGUGGACGUGAAGGCUAAAAGCCAGUUGCAGGUGGUUUGCAGAGUCGAUGCAGAACUCUCGACUGAAACCGAAGUGGUCGCUUCCUCUGGGAAACCGAAAAAGAAGAAGCGGAAGAUCCCUGUGGUGUUUGAGUAUGAGGUCGAUGAGCUGGAGGCUACAUUGACCAAUGGGGUCGCAGAAGAACACACCGCUACCAAGAAGUCCAAACCAGACAGUGAUGUUGGACAGGCAUCCACUCUUUGCACUAAAAAGUCACAAAAGAAGGCAAAAGCUUCCCUGGGGUCGGCAUCUGACUUCGUCACCUUUCACAGCAACACCACAGUCCCAACGCCACUCUUUUGCAAAACCAAGGGGAGCCCCAGCGUCCCGCUGUCCAGCAAGAAGAAGAGUCAAACUCCCAAAUCAGAAUCCAAGAAGGUGACCUUCGGUCUCAAGAAUAAUAAGACAGCUGAGUUUCGGAAGACUGAUCGCAGCCUGCUGGUGAGUCCAGACGGCUCAUUACGAGUGCCCUUUGACCCCAAACAGAAACCCAAGUUUGGGGUCUUAAAGUCUCCACUCACCACCAGAAAGACCCCUAAGGCCAUCGGGAAGACCAGCACGAAAACUCCAAAGACCACGCCGAAACGCCGGCCCUUGGCGGCAGACUUCUUCUAACAUCCACGCCACCGGGCUGGAGAUGCAGACGGAAAGCUCUCUGAACUAGUGAAUAGACUGAUAUAGAACACAUCCCCUUUUGGAGAGAUGGAAAGUGGUAUUUGUAUUUUGUAUCUAUCGGCGUUGCGUUUUGCCAGUUAUUCAAUGUUUUAAUAGUUACUCAUUACAGCUUUUCAGUUCAUGUGUAAUUGAGUUUCAUGCAGCACAUGUCAAAUUUAAAUGUUAUUUUGGGAAACAAUUUCUUUAAUAGAACAAAAUAAACUAUGUUUAUAAGUUCA